UUGGUGUGGAUGGUGAAAAACGCGUUGGAAAAUCUCAACUUAUCAACAAAUUUGCAAAUGAUGAUUUUAAUAAUGGAGUAUAUAAAGAGACUUUGCGUGCGUAUGCCACAACCACGCACAUUCAGUUAGAUAAUUACACUAUUAAAGUAGAAUUUUUGGAAACUGGUAUUAACAAUAUCUAUAAUUGUGAUUUGAUCGUCGACCUUAAUGAACUCUUUUCAAAUCCCAACAUCAAACCUAAGGCUCGAAUCUUCAGAAUCUAUGGCAACAUAAUUCAACUAUCAAGUACUUUAACAAUUCCACCUUUGAAUGGCAGUGGUGUUAUUUUGAUAGCAGCAAGACGAAUUGAAGUUAAACCAGGAUGUCAAAUAAUUGUUAAUUACAAGAAAUCUUUUCGAAUUAUAAUAUACGCCAAAGAAAUGACUUCAGAACUUGAAGUUAUAGCAAUAAAUCAACUAAAAAAUGAAUCAAAUUUAUUAAAAUUCGAUGUCAAUAUUUCAAAAGAUAAUAAAACUGUUGGCAAAUCACUUACUAUACGUGAUGACAAGAGCCUUGAAAAUAAGGAUUUAUACAUCUUUGAUAAUAUUAUUCUUAAAAAUCAUUUAUUCCUUAAAAUAUUACGAUACUCUUUAUUUAUUGCCAGUAUCCUAUUUUAUGAUGAACCCGAAAUUACACGAUCAAUUCUCUCUUGGAUAUGCAAAAUAACUGAAUCACAAUCUAGCGAACUAUAUCAUCAUGCACUUUCGAUGCUUGUACAAUUAGAUAUCUCCGAAGAAAGAAGAAAAAAUGAAAUUUCAUUUAUUCCAUUAUUGGAUAAAGAAUUUUAUAAGAAAGGAAUCGAUGAAUUUAUGAAUUCAGUAGAAUAUUAUGAAACUAAAUAUAUGCAAUUUUUAAAUAAAAGGGAUGCUGUUACUCAAGAAAAAACUGAAUCCAAAGUUUCAUUAGAAAAUUAUAAUGAUAAAACCGCUUUGAACACUCACUUAGAAGAUAUUGAAUACAAACGUUAUGAUUCAGCAUCUAAAUUAAUGAAAAAAAUAGAAGAUGAACUAAAG